UAUACAAGUUGGAGUCUCUUGUACUCAUACUGUGAGGAAAAAUGGGGCCUGUCACUACAUUUUGUGAAGAGUUUGAUUUGUUAAGCAGGCAGCAGGCACUCUCAAGUAGGUGCUACUAGACUAAGUCCCUCUGGCAACAAAGAUCAACAGGGGUAGUCUAUGGGCUGUACUACACAUUUAAAUUGAAGCUGGAAAGAAACCAGCAGUAGAGUUGUUAACAUAUUUUCAUGGAAGAUGCCGAGUAGUACACUCCUGAAACCUGGAAGUGAUGUAUAUUCAGCAAGGACUUUCCACCCAAGCAAAAUUCACCGAGUUCCCCCGAAAUGUCACCGCCACCGAAGGGCAGAACGUGGAGAUGUCUUGCGCCUUCCAGAGCGGCUCCGCCUCGGUGUACCUCGAGAUCCAGUGGUGGUUCCUGCGGGCCGCCGAGGACCAGGAAGCUGGAGCCGAGGUGACGGGCACUCAGGUGGAGCUCUUACCAGAGAGAGACUUGGACAAUGAUGGAACAAAGAUAAGCACAGUGAAAGUACAAGGGAAUGACAUCUCCCACAAGCUGCAGAUUUCAAAAGUGAGGAAAAAGGAUGAAGGCUUGUAUGAGUGCAGGGUGACAGAUGCCAACUAUGGAGACCUUCAGGAAUACAAGGCUCAGGCAUUUCUCAAAGUCAAUGCGAAUAGCCACUCUCGGCGAAUGCAGGCCUUUGAAGCAUCCCCAAUGUGGUUGCAAGAUAUGAAACCUCGCAAGAACAUCUCAGCAGCUGUUCCAAGUAGCAACCAUAACUCUGCCAAUCAGCGUGUGCGCUCCACUUCCAGCCCUGAAGCAGCAGCCAAAAUCUCAAAACAAAGUCCACAAUCAGCAAAGAGCAAAUCGCCUGUAAAAUCCACGGAGCGGACAGCAAAGUUGACCCUAACCUCCAACCACCACUCUGCACCCAAUGUACUCUAAAUCUCUACACAAGGAGCACCUUCUUCAGGAAGUACAAAUAAAACAAAACAAAAUAAAAUAAAAAAAUAUAUAAAAAAGAAGAGGA